AUGAAAUAACAUUUUUCAUAUAUUGAAGAAUUAUUUGAUGCAUAAUAAUAUGUCUUGAUGACUAAAGAUAUUCAAGAUUUUCAUAAAGUAACUUCAUAUUUCAAAAAGUAUUACUAAUUCUAAUCACUUAGGUUUUUUGAUGAUAUUUUGAAUAAGCAAUUAGAUUUAUGUGGAACCAAUAUAAAAAAUGCUGAAAAAAUUACUAAAUACAUGCAAUAACCUUAAUUGCCAUUGUCUAAAAGUUUAGUCAAAUUGAGUCAAGUAUUUAUAUAGAAUCAAACUAAUUCAAGAUUGUAUAGGAUUUAUUUACCUUUGUAAAACAAGGCAAUCUAGAACAAUAAGAUGGUUUAAAUCAAUAUGAAUCAUUAGUACGAGAAUAAAUUGAUAAAAUUAUAGAGCAUCAUAAUGGCUAUGUCUAAACUGCAAUCAAAGUAUUUUGAAGUUUUAUUUUUUCAUUAGUAUUAUAAAAAUGAUGAAUAAUAAUAUAAGAAGAGUUUGGAAGGUUUGAAAAACAGAAAACAAUAAUAUACUGAAUAAUUAGAACUAUAUAAACAAACUGUAAAUGAUCCUUCUAUGUUAUACAAUUAAAAUCUCAAAUAAUAGAGAUACAAUGAAUUGUAAUAAAAAAUAAGAAAAAUCAAAGAAAAUGAAAAUCAAAUUCUUACUUCUUUAGAAGUUCUUAAUUAUCGUAGAAAAUGCUUAUGCAUUGAAUUAUAAUAACUUUAGAAAAUAAUUGAAGAAGCUUUUUCAACAAUAAUUGCAUUAACACAUAAAUUAUGUUAUUCUAAUAUCAUUAGUUUUAAAUAAAAAAUAGAAUCAUUUUAUUAAAUGAGUAAAAAACAUUAAAAAUAAAUUAAAUAUUAAUUUACUAUUUUACCUGAUUAAUCCAAAUUUAAUUUUGAUAAAAUGGAUUAUGUUAGUCAAUAGGAUUUUUAAUAAUUAUAUUAUGUUCAAAAGAAUUUUAAUUUUAAUUAAGAUGAAUCUUUUGAAACUAUAACAUAAAAUAAUGAAGAUGUCUCUUUUCGUUCAAUCAAAAAUAUACCAUCAGUUAAUUAAAGUUAUUAAACAAUAAAUGAUUAAAAUGAUUAAUGGAUACCUAACUUUUUAAAAUAAGAUAUAUAAUUAGUACCUACUUCAUAAUUAAUUUAAUAUUAUGAAUGGAUAUUAACAUAUACUAAAGUAGUUAAGGAAAAUUGUAGUAUAAAUAAUAAUCUCAUAUUUAAAUUAUUGUAAUUUAUAGAUGAAUUAAUGAUUUAAUUUAGAAAAUAAGGAAAAGCAUGCAUAAAGCAACCAGAUUUUAAAUAAAACUAUUUUUCAUAAUUGAAAUGGUUUGAAUAAUUUAACCAAGUCUUUGGAGAAUAGGGAUACAAUGAUUUAUAUGCUUACACUAGUAUAAAUGAUUUGUUUAAUUUAUUUACUAAUAAAUUUUCAAAUCUUUUAUAAGAAGAAUAGCAAUCAAUUUUAUAAGUUCAAGAGAAAAUUACAAAUGAAUAAAAUAUUGUAUUUUCAAGUAUAGAUAAAUAAAUGUUUGAUUUACAAAUUGUUCAUCAAAAUUAUCUUAGAUAAUAAGGAUAUAAUAGAACUAUUACUUUAAGUUAAAUGGAUUCCAAUAAAAAAGACUUUUAUAAUUAAUCUAAAGUAUAUAAUUGAUUAAUAUUAGAAUGAAUAAGAUUUUAGAUAAAUGAUAAAAAAGAGUAAUGAUGCCAUUAAACAUUUAGUAUUAGAAUUAGAUAACAAAUUAAGUAAAAGAUAUAAGACAAUAAGUGAAGUUACAGAAUAAAUAUAUUUGGCAUUUAAUGUUAAUUUAAUAGAUCUAUUGAAAUUGUAUAUAAUAAUUAUUAAUAUAUAGUACAUAUCAAUUAGAAGAUGCAUUAGAAUUGAAAAAAAGAUCAUAGGAAUAAGUUAUCUAAUAUUUGAAAUCUUAAAAAUCAUUUAAAAUAUUUUAUAAAUAAAUAUUUGUAAAAAAUAAGGCUAAAGCUUUAAUAGAAGAUUUAUAAACAGAAACUUAUGAUUAUAAAUACUAAUCUGAUUAGGAUUUUUAUUAACUUUAAUCAUUACCUAAACCAAAUAUUGUAAAAAUAUUAAAUCAUAAAUAGAUUCUGGAUUAAAGUUAGAAUGAACCAGACGAUGAUUAAUAAAGUAUAAGUGAAUAAUCAACUAAAGAAUAAGAUAAAGAUAAAAUAGAAUAAUUAUAAUUUAUUAAAUCAAAGUUAAAAAUAGAAAUUAAUGAAAUAUUAAUUGCAUCAUUUGCAUGUGCAUUAUCAGAGAAAAUCUAAUUACAAGGAAGAUUGUAUAUAACAAAUAAAAGAUUGUUUUUUCAUUCAAGUUUCAAUUCAAAUAAUUUAUUUUUUGGUGAUACAAUAUUGAAUAUUCCUAGAUAAGAUAUCUUAUCAAUAUAAAAGAGAACAAAUGCAUAUAUAUUUGAUAAUUCUAUUUCAAUAUAUACACCAAAAGGUUAAUUAUUUUUUGCUACUUUCUUUUAAAGAGAUAUAGCUUAUGAUUUAAUAAUAAAGACUUUUUCUCCAAAAGAAUAGCCUGAAUUAAUGGCAUCAUUAACUAAUCAAGCUCCUAUAAAUUCAAUAAAGAUUAUAAAUGUACCAUAUACUUAAGAAUAAUUAAAGUAUAUAAUAUAUACAAUAAUAGAUAAUUAGAGGAUAGAAAAUAAAGAAUAAUAAAUUUAAUGGGUCCAGAUCCUGAAAUAUUUAUUUCUGAGACUAUAUUUGAAUUUCCUGAAAUAAAUGUUAAAUUAUUUUAUAGAUUAAUAUUUGGAGAUAAGAUGCCUGGGUAGAAUUUGACAUUUUAUGAGAAAAUGAAAAAAGGUCCAUUGGGAUGUGAUGGUUUAAAUUUAACUUAAUGGGUUCCAAUUCCUCCAAUUGAUUUUGAUUCCGAUUAUGGGACUCAAAAUUUAUUGGAUGGUCCUGAUUUUCAUGAAAGAGAAUUUACUUGUAUUUAACCAUUACCAAAAUCUUCAAUUCCAUUUAUGCCCACAAAAUGUGAUUGUAAAGAAUAAUAAAAGAUUUAUUUUGUGGAUUAGGAUUUAUUCAUUUUAGAUUUGAUAGUGAAAACAUAUAAAGUAAAAAUUUAUAAUAAUAAAUAAAAGGUACCUUAUGCUGAAUCAUUUCAAGUUCAUGUUAGAUAUAAAUGUAUUUAAACAGAGAAAGGUAUUAAAUUUGAUUGUAGAAUUCGUAAUGAAUUCUUAAAAUCAGUUUUGGUUAGAAAAGGUUUAUUAUAAUGUUAUAAUUUUUAGUAAUUGAAAAAGCAAGUCAAGAUGAAAUAUAAGAAAAAACUAAUGAAAAAAUAUUUCCUACAAUUAGAUAAGAAUUAAGUAAUUAUUUAAAAGGAUCAAAUAAUAAUGAUAAUUGUGAAGAUAAGAGUGAUACAAAUGAUAAAAAGGUAGAAUAAUAAAAAAGUAAAAUAAAAUAAAAGUUGAAAUCUAUAAUUCCAUUUUUAAAUGGUACAAUAAUAACUUUUCUAAUCCUUAUUAUCAUUUAUUACUUAUAUGCAAAAGUAUUGAGUAAGUUGACUAUCAAAAUAGAGUUUGAUAAAUGA